AGCAGAUUCCAGACUAAGCAGCGCGCCAAUGGCAGCGUAUGCUUUGGGACCGAAAUCCGUUGAUUUCGACAAAGUAUGGGGAAAUCUUCAGCCAUCUGUCAUUGAGAUCAUGAAUUUGCACCCCAUGACCAAGAAAGACUGGGAUGACAAGUUCCAUGAUGUAUAUGAUAUCUGUGUGGCUAUCCCCGAUCCUCUCAGUAGCCGCCUAUACUCAUCGAUGAGAAGUUGUAUUGAAAUGCACGUGAAGAGUCUUUAUGAUAAAAUAGCCAAUGUCCCAUCAGAUGAGCUGCUCAAUCAGUACUACUCAAUGUGGAAAGUUUAUUACAAAGGAGCUCAUUACGUUCAUCGCCUUUUUGGGUAUCUGAAUAACCAGUUUGUGAAAUCAAAACGCUCGGUUGAGGGUGAUGCAUAUGCCAAUUAUGCAAGUUUUCUCCAAAAGCCUGAUGUGAAAGAGAUUGGAUGUCUAGCAAUGGAUAUUUGGAAAGAACAGCUUAUCGAGCCAAUUCUUGAUAAGUUGGUGAAUCUACUUCUCGCUGCCAUUGGUCAAGAUCGACUUGGUAAUGUUCCAUCUAAUAAGGAUGUGAUCGCGGGUGUGAUCUCUUCAUUCCUGCAGAUUGAAGAAUUUGAAUACUCUCCAAGUGAGCCAGUUUCUUUGGGAGUAAAGCUGAACUACCGAGAACCUCCAAAAGAGUUUUAUCAAGAGGCAUUCGAAUCGAGGUUCCUCGCAUCAACCGAAGAAUAUUACUCAGGACUGGCACAGAAGCUUCUCGCUGAUUUGACUUGCAGCAAGUAUAUGGAAGCAGUUAUCGAAGCAUUAGAGGCUGAAGAACGACGUUCGGCCACUUACGUCAGUCAAUCAACUGUAUCGAAGGUGAUACGUUUGUGCCAGGAUGUCAUGAUCAAUGCGCAUAAGGAUAAAUUGCAUGCAGUUUGCCAUGAGCUCAUCACUAACGAAGAAAAGAAAGAUUUGCGAAAUAUGUACCGUUUGUUAAAACCGAUCCCCUCUGGUUUACUCGUUAUGGCAAAAGAAUUUGAGGAGUAUGUCCGCAAAAAGGGUCUGGAUCUGGUAUCUACCAUAACCGGAGAAAAUGUUCCCCAGCAGUUCGUUGAUAAUGUGUUGAAGGUACACGAGAAAUUCCACGCGAUGAAAACCGAGGUCUUUAUGGAUGACGGCGAUUUUGCAGGAGCUCUGGAUAAGGCCUUACAAAGUGUUGUGAAUGUGAAGGAAGGCAGUGGACCUCCUAAAGCCAGCGAAAGGCUGGCUCGAUAUACGGACAACUUACUGAGGAAAUCUGCAAAAGGAAUGAGUGAAUUAGAAGUAGAUCAACAAUUGAGUAAAGCCAUAGUUAUCUUCCGGUACAUUGAAGACAAAGAUGUUUUUCAAAAGUACUACUCAAAGAUGUUGGCGUCACGACUUAUCAUGGGAUUUUCUGUUGCAAUGGAUGCGGAAGAGGCUAUGAUCAAUAAAUUGAAGCAAGCUUGUGGUUACGAGUUUACCAGCAAGUUAUCGCGUAUGUUUACUGACAUAGGGCUGAGCGGCGAAUUGGCUGAUAAAUUCAACAAGCAUCUUGAAAGCACUCACACCUCCGUCGGAGUAUCAAUGCAGCCAUUAGUACUGCAAGCCGGAUCGUGGCCAUUAUCUGCUCCUCAAGCUGGGACGAGUAAUGGAAAUCCGGAGACGACGUCUUUCAUAUUGCCGGCUGUACUGCAGCCAUCUAUCACAGAGUUCGAGAAAUACUACAUUGGUGCGCAUAAUGGCAGAAAGCUUACGUGGUUGUUCAACAUGUCACAUGGCGAAUUACGAUUCACUUAUCUGGAUAAACCUUACUUGGUGUCUAUGAGUGUGCACCAGAUGUCUGUGAUUCUGUGCUUCCAGGAUAGAGACACUGUUUCCAUUGCGGACUUGUCUGUUGUGACCGGUUUAUCUGGAGAUGCUCUGAUUCGAAACGUGCGGUCAAUCCUUGAUGCUAACAUACUGACAACGGCUAGCAAGGAUUUGAAUGAGUCUUCUGAGUUGACGCUGAACAAAACUUUGACGUGCAAACGUCUAAGAUUCCGCCUUACGGCGCCACAGAUUGUGAAAAACGCUGAAAAAGAAGCAGAGGCAGUUAGUAAUACGGUUACGCAUGAUCGUAAGUACUACAUGGAAUGCGCUAUCGUUCGAAUUAUGAAGACAAGAAAAGUGCUGAAACACAACGCUUUGAUCAGUGAGGUUGUGGAACAGACCAGAAGUAGAUUCACGCCUGAUGUUGCGUUUAUCAAGAAAAUAUCUUGCAUAGGAGGUUCUUGUGAUUUGGCUUAUUGCAAGGAGAGUUUAACGCACCCUGUUUCACAAAUCUGAAAGUGUUCUUUCAUUAUUAGUUUUAUUUGCUUGUAUUUGUAUAUUAGUUUCGAGUAGAUCAAUGUCCGAUGCAACCUCUAGAUGAACUCUUUAUUUAGUAGAGAAACUGUAAAUAUGACCCAUAAGUAACACUAGCCGGUUAUGCUCUUCGACAAAUCAGGGUAAGGAGUAGGUGAAGUUUUACUUAAGAUAAUACUAAUACGCUGGUUGUAUUCCCUGUAUGAAUGAUUUAUCAUCAUCAAAGAAUUGUGCCUUCUUUUGCAAUUGUGCUGUAAGUUAACUUCUGUUCGACUGCUGUAGUUAUUAAGAAGGCAUUCUAAACGAUUAAGAUUUUUUUGUGCUAUAAAUACCUCAAGCAGACAGUAAAAUUUGUGUUUUGACCAUUAACCCUGUGCUUUCUCCACUAGGAAAUCAAACUGGUGCAAUGUGAU